UAAUUCGGCAGCAAGUCGAAUUCUCACCCUUCGAUAGAUGCUGCAGCGGCUGGCAUCGCGCAGCCUGAGAUCGCGGAGUGUCAAGCUGAUCGAGUGUGAGACGUGUGAGCGGUGUGAGUCUGUAAUCGACAAAUCGUGGGUUCCAUUCGCGAGAAAGAGAUACAGCAGGAUGGCGAAGUACUUGAAUCAGUCGGAAGCUAUUAGCAUUGACAAGGACCUGUUCGAAAAGUACAGAUUCAGUGUUGAUCAGCUGAUGGAGUUGGCCGGGCAGAGCUGCGCCGUCGCGAUCGCAAAGUCCUAUCCGCUGUCAAAGGACUCGUCGAGGAACAGGGUGCUGGUGUGCUGCGGGCCCGGCAACAACGGCGGCGACGGUCUGGUCUGCGCGAGGCACCUCAAACACUUUGGAUAUUCAGCAGAGAUCUACUAUCCGAAGAGGACCAGUAACACGCUGUACGAGAGACUGUUGCAUCAGUGCAUCGAGAACGGUAUUCCCGUGCUGGAGAAUGGGCGCGUGGAGGAGGCAGCCGACUCUGCGGCGCUUCUGCACGACUAUGCCGUCGUGGUGGACGCCCUUUUGGGCUUCAGCUUCAAACCACCAGUGAGAGAGCCAUUUAUUCGUAUCAUCGACAUGCUGAAAUGCACGAGAGUUCCUAUUUGCAGCGUGGACAUACCCUCGGGCUGGGACGUGGAGAGCGGUCCACCCAAGGAAGGUGGUAUAAAGCCGCAAAUGCUGAUCUCUCUAACGGCACCGAAGAUGUGCGCGUCCAAGUUCGAUGGAAAAUUUCACUAUCUGGGUGGACGGUUUGUGCCUGAGAAACUGGAGUCGCAGUACAACCUUAAUCUACCGAAAUACGCCGGGACGGACUUGGUCGUUCGACUGCACUGACCAGCACUGUAUAGUGUAUUGAAAGAGUGCACUUGAAUGCGUUACAAUGAAUCUUGUUAUGUAUUCGAGAUACAUCAAAAGAACGCAAUUCUGACCACGUGCAAUUCAUUUUUAUUAAUUAAGUUUCUAAUUAUGAAUGUAAUUACUCUUUGCUAAAAUAUUGUACAUUUGUCUAUAUA